GAGAAUUCCCGGUUUCCAGACAUAACUUCGCCAGGAACGAGAACACUUCUUUUCUUGAGGAGGAGUUAGGCAAAUUUUUAUUUUUCCAACGUUUCCUUUUCUCACAUCGGUACUUUCCUUUCGUAACAAGUUUUCACCAUGAGCGACCCCAACGCGAGUGAAGCGGAGAAGAAUAUCGAGAUUUGGAAGGUGAAGAAGCUCAUCAAGAGGCUCGAGGCCGCACGCGGAAAUGGCACCAGCAUGAUUUCUCUGAUCAUCCCGCCGAAGGAUCAGAUCUCUCGUGCGGCGAAGAUGUUGGCUGAAGAAUACGGAACCGCAUCCAAUAUCAAGUCGCGUGUCAACAGGCAGUCUGUCCUUUCGGCCAUUACCUCGACCCAGCAACGCCUGAAGCUCUACAACAAGGUCCCUCCCAAUGGCCUCGUGGUGUACUGUGGCGAAAUCUUGACCUCCGAGGGCAAGGAACGCAAGGUCAACAUCGAUUUCGAGCCCUUCAAGCCCAUCAAUACCUCGUUGUACCUGUGCGACAACAAAUUCCACACCGAGGCUCUGGCCGAGCUGCUCGAGUCGGACCAGAAGUUCGGUUUCAUUGUCAUGGAUGGUAACGGGGCGCUGUUCGGCACCCUCAGCGGCAACACCCGUGACGUUGUUCAGAAGUUCACGGUCGAUCUCCCCAAGAAGCACGGCCGUGGUGGUCAGUCUGCGCUACGUUUCGCGCGUCUGAGAGAGGAAAAGCGCCACAACUACGUGCGAAAGGUUGCCGAGUUGGCGGUUCAGAACUUCAUCACCAACGACAAGGUCAACGUUGCCGGCAUUGUGUUGGCUGGCUCGGCCGACUUCAAGAACGACCUGAACGGAUCCGAUAUGUUCGACCCACGUCUGCAAGUCAAGGUCAUCAAGGUUGUAGACGUGUCGUACGGUGGCGAGAACGGAUUCAACCAGGCCAUCGAGCUGUCCGCCGAGACGCUGGGCAAUGUCAAGUUCAUUCAGGAGAAGAAGCUCAUCAGCAAGUACUUCGAGGAGAUCAGCCAGGACACUGGCCGAGUCUGCUACGGUAUCGACGACACGCUCAAGGCGCUGGAACUGGGCGCUGUCGAGACGUUGAUUGUUUUUGAGAACCUCGAGAUUACCCGCUGGACCUUGAAGGACAGCAACGGCAGCGAGAUAAUUCUGCACACGACCAAGCAGCAGGAGCAGAGCAACCGCGAGAAAUUCAUGGACAAGGAGACGGGUCAGGAGAUGGAGGUUGUCUCUCAGGAGUCCUUCCUUGAGUGGAUCGCCGAGCACUACAAAGAUUUCGGCACCACCCUCGAGUUUGUCUCGGACCGGUCGACCGAGGGUAACCAGUUCGUCAAGGGCUUCGGCGGCAUUGGCGGCCUUCUCCGGUACAAGGUCAACUUUGAGCAGUUAGCUGACGUGGAUGACGAUGAUGAAUACUACGACGAUUGACCCGUUGAUUCCCUCGUUGACAACGAGGGAUCCGGGAUCGAAGCCAUCACGUCCGAGCCGAUGACACCGCGUGCCGACCAGGCGGCCUCCGCGUCGCGAAGCCCCGAGAAGAAGGUUCCGCCCGCGCAGCGGCGGCUGAAGCAGGGCUUUCCGGCGGGCCCGAGCCGCGAUCACCAGGUGUCGCGUCCCAGCCCGCUUCGCUCUGUGAUGACGGCUUCUUGAGUUGGAGGCAGACAGAAGGUAGAUGCCCGUAGGAUCGAGAAGUCGGCCAAGUACGAAUCAUUGCAGGGCAUCAAUCGGGAGAUUGGUUCUAGACACUUUUUGGGGACACGAGCUGGUAGGGCUAUCAGUGGUCCUGGAACGCGGACCUCGCACCAAGCCAUGCGGUGUCCGUCCGGUCUGUAAUUGUCACGGGAGAUUUGUCGAGUCUUAGAUAGCUGGUUUACGAACCGACACUCAUUUAUGGCAAUCCGUUUUUAAAGACGUGCAAUGUAGCUUUUGCUUGUUGGUGCGGUCAGGAUAGGUCUGCAGUUUCACUGACGAUAUCCAAAUGGCUGCUCCCGCAAGCAUCAUCAUUGUACUGUACGACACCCGACAAAAAUAAAAUGGGGCCGAACUCGGCCGCCCGUCUCCAGCUCUGCGGGGUUGGACGCACAACUUUAGCAACCAAAGCUCCAGCAACAUGUUGAAAAGGGUCAAAGGAGAGCGGAUCAGUUCGGCGAAAGGGGCAUUGUUCAUGGUCGUUGCCUCGCGUAUGUUGAAGCAGAUGUCACGCCCUUAUCUUGACAUAUUUUAUAGUUUAUUAUAUUUUUCCUAUAUCUCUCACAGCAGAUCAAUGAAACUCUUUCUCUUCU